AUCGAUACUAAAAAAUUCUUCUGUUAAAUUUUAUUUAUUUUGUAUAGUAAACGGAAGCUCAUUGAUCAUUUUUUGCUUUUGUCCUGAAUAACAAGUUAAGACCAACAUUGGCCCAUCUCGCCAUUGAUCCUUUUUCGCAUUUUGUAGGUUUUGAGCUGUUCCGAUAUCUGGUGUUUUUUUUUUGAAGAUGUAUGUUUGUCGGGUAUGCCUAGGACAGAAUCGUCCACUUUACGUGCCAUUAUUUGCAGUUCACGGGAAGCGUUCUGUCGCUGAAACAAUAAUGAUCUGCACUGGACUCAAGCUCAAGCGUAACGAUGGUUUCACGCAAUUCGUUUGUAGUCUCUGCGUAGACGAAUUCUCCAAAUUCUACGAGCUGAGAGAACUGUGUCUGAACUCAGAUGCCUUUCUGCGUUCCAGUAAUUGCAAUCUUGUUAACGAAUCGGAGGCCAUCAAAAAUGAUUCUGUUCCGGAUGCUGACGCGUCGAAAGAUGAUCAGAUCGAUUGCCUGGAUGAGUUCGUCAAAUCCACCAUUGUCAUCGAAGAAAUUGAGAUUACCGAAUCAAAUGAGGGAUCGAGAAUCAUUACGGAAGAAUGGGUUGUUGAGAUGGAUGACGGGAAAGCUAAUCAGGAAACGACUGAAGUUUACGAAAUUUUAGACGAUCCCAUUUGCGCGAACAGUGAAGAUCAGAUUCUUCCUACAAAGCCUCUCAAAUCUGCUGAGCCUUCAAAAAAGAAACAAGUUCGUCGGAAAAAGAAAUCAAAGAGUCCUAUAGCAGAUGAUACUAAAUUUGUUUGCUGCAGUUGUCCUUCGGAAGUUUUCGAUAGCCAACAGAGACUGGAUGCCCACCGAGCUGACCAACAUGAAAAGCUCCGUAUUAAAUCUAGCACUAUUCGGCCGUAUGAAUGCAAUGUUUGCUAUCAGCGUUUCGUUGACGAAAAGCACUUAACGCUUCAUAAAAACCGCUCAAACAGAAGCCGCAGCUUUGUUUGUACUUCCUGUGGUCGUGCUUUCUUAGCCAGUAGCACUUUGAAAAAACACGAACAAAUCUGCGCACCUACAACGGUGUGCAAUUAUGAGUGCUCCGAGUGCGGCAAACAUUUCCUCCAGUCAGGUUCGCUAAGGAAUCACAUGAAGCUUCACACUUCGGACAAAACACAUUCCUGUCCGAUUUGUGGGAAAACUUUCAUGAAGCGGUUCGAAGUGCCGAUUCACUUGGUCACGCACACAACAGAGCAACCGUUUGCUUGCGACAAGUGUCCGGCCAAGUUCAAACGGAUGCAGGCCCUCCGGAGUCACCAGCGACACCACUCUAAUCCUACGCCGUACAAGUGCGAUCAGUGCGACGAGUGGUUCAACAGUUUUAGCGCCCGCAAGUACCACCGACAGAAGCUGCACGAGGGCAUUGAACCGUUCCGGUGUGAAAUAUGCGAGAUAUCCUACGGGCGUCAGAGUCGGUUGACCAAUCACAUCCGUAAGAUGCAUGCUGGCGCGACGGGUUCAAUAAAUAAAAGUGAAUAAAUGCGAAGAAUAAAACGAUCGUUUUAUCACGUUGUACAUUAAAUCAAAGUCGAUGAAA